GGAAGUGGGUGGGGCACUGCCAGAGGUGGUAGGUUGUAAGAAAGGAUGGCUGAUGCUGCUGUUACUGUGACCGUCACUCAUGGAACUGCAAAACAUAACAUUGAAGUCAGAGGGCAGGAUGGAGUUGAGCCUCUGUUGAAGGAUAUGGCAGAUGUCAUUAUGCAGGUCACUGGUGUCCCUCUUCAAUCACAGAAGCUAAUUUGUAAAGGAAAAUCACUAAGGGAAAUGGAACAAUCCUUAUCAAGUCUUGGAAUAAAACAAGGAUGUAAAGUAAUGCUAAUUGGGAAAAGGAACAGCCCAGAGGAAGAAGCAGGACUGAAGAAACUGAAAGAGCUGGAGAAGUCUAUGGAGCAGAUUUUGAAGAAAUUAGAGAAGGUGGAUGGAGAACUCUCUGGGCUAAAGAAUGGUUUCUUAGCAAAAGACCUUCAGGCAGAAGCUUUAGGUAAACUUGACCACAGAGUGAAGGGAACUGCUGAGCAGUUCAUGAAGCUGCUUGAACAAUUGGAUUCCAUGAGUUUACCCGAAAAUUUUAGUGAUUGUAGAAUAAAGAAAAAGGGAUUGGUCAAGACAAUACAGACUCAUCUUGCUCUGUGUGACCGGAUAGAAGCAAGUAUUUCAGAUCAGCAGACAAAGUUACACUCAAAGAACUUUGCACUUUCUGAAUAAUCCAUGUGCUAUAUUAGUAAUACAUAGAACAUUGCUCUAUGAGCAACACAAAUCAAAUGGAGUGCUCUAGUGACAGAGCAUCUUAUUUAUGUGAAUUUAUUCUAAUUGUAUGUACUUUUUAUGUGCAUUAAUAAAUAUUAUAACAAUAA